AUGCCAUGUCAAAAUGAAGGAGAGGAGAAACUAAUUGAUGCAAGAGUGGAAACAGCACUAACUGCUCAAUCAAUAACAACAGUUGUACCAAAAACAACUGCAGAACUACCAGCAGCUGCACCAAUAACAAGAGAAGAAUCUUCAGUAGCUGCACUAACAACAACAGCAGAAUCAUCAGCAGCACCAUCACCAACAGUUGAAUCAACAAAAGGAGCAAUAGUGGAAACAGCACUAACUGCUCAAUCAAUAACAACAGCAGUACCAAAAACAACAGCAGAACCACCAGCAGCUGCACCAAUAACAAGAGAAGAAUCUUCAGUAGCUGCACUAACAACAAAAGCAGAAUCAUCAGCAGCAUCAUCACCAACAGAUGAAUCAACAAAAGAAGCAGAAGUAGCAGCAGUAGAACCAGCAUCAGGGACAAAACUAACAGCAACAGCAACCAGUCAUCAGGCAGAUCCUUCAUCACCUCUAGUACUGACAGAAGUGGAAUCCUUGAUACUACAAGCAAUGCCACCACCACCACCACCCUCAACUAAAACAACAGCAACUGUGGACUCGACAACACCAGCUGGCAAGAAAGUGUCAUCUGCUACACGUGAGUCCAGCAGGAGGAGGAAACCGGUGGAACUCCGGCGUGAAGAGGCAGCGGUGUGCACGGGCGGAGGCGCUGUUAUACAGCGGCAGAUGCCCCGGCCGGGAGCGGGCUCAAGCGCCGCCGCUAUCUCGUGUUCGGCGCCGCCAAUGGCGCGCUAA